GUCUAUUUCCAAUUAUUAUCACUCGCAACUCUCAAGUCAAUCCUCUCCUCCCUCUGCAAGUCUCCCCCCACUUGCUAACCUUCCAGAGAGUUCGACAACAAUGGCGACGGAUCUAGAGAAGAAAGCUAAAGAAGCUUUCAUCGAUGACCACUUCGAAUUAGCCGUUGAACUUUACUCUCAAGCUAUUGAUGUUAACCCUAACAUCUCCGAACUUUAUGCCGAUCGUGCUCAAGCUAACAUUAAACUCUCCAACUUCACUGAGGCGGUUGCGGAUGCGAACAAAGCGAUUCAAUUGGAUUCUUCAAUGGCUAAGGCAUACCUACGGAAAGGUAUUGCAUGUAUGAAGCUCGAGGAGUAUCAAACUGCCAAAACAGCUUUCGAAGCAGGAUCUACCUUAGCACCUGAAGACUCGAGGUUUACAAAUUUUAUCAAGGAGUGUGAUGAACUUAUUGCAGAGGAAAAUGCCUGUUUAUCUAAGCCAUCUAUUGAAAGUACUACCAGAAACACUGUAGUUGAAGGAUCAGAUUUAGAUAAUAUCACUGCACCAGUAGCCCGUGCUCCUGCUGUUGAUGGUCUAUCUAGUCCAGCUAGUGUUGUGCCAGUGUCAAAACCGAAGUUCAGGCAUGAAUUCUAUCAGAAACCUGAGGAAGUAGUAGUAACUAUUUUUGCUAAGGGUAUACCAGCCAAAAAUGUUGCUGUUGACUAUGGUGAACAAAUUCUUAGCGUUACCAUUGAUGUUCCUGGUGAAGAACCAUACCAUCUUCAGCCCCGCUUAUAUGGGAAGAUAAUACCAGCCAAAUGCAGAUACGAAGUCUUGUCUACUAAAAUUGAAAUCCGGCUUGCAAAAGCUGAACCAAUACAAUGGACUUCUUUGGAAUUCACCAAGGAUGUUGCUGUUCCUCAGAAGAUAAACAUAUCAACGCCUGCACAGAGGCCUUCUUAUCCGUCGUCCAAACAUAGGGGAGUGGACUGGGACAAAUUAGAAGCCGAAGUGAAGAAAGAGGAGAAAGAUGAAAAAUUAGAUGGUGAUGCAGCUUUGAACAAGUUUUUCCAGGACAUAUAUCGAGAUGCUGAUGAGGACACAAGAAGAGCCAUGCAGAAAUCCUUUGUGGAGUCGAAUGGUACAGUGUUGUCAACAAACUGGAAAGAUGUGGGAGCGAAGAAGGUAGAGGGAACCCCUCCUGACGGCAUGGAGAUGAAGAAAUGGGAAUACUAAGUUUUUGUGCCCUCUUAUAUAAAAUCUGUGCAGUUUUUUGGUCUGCUAUUUGUCUUCAGUUUGGUAUUUAUUUUGCCAAAAUGACUACUUGUUGGGUAUUUGAUCGAACUCCAUGAAUUUGAGGUUUCCUGUUUUUGUUUUGUUGUCUCAGUUGGAAUAUUGAGCGUCAAAACCUCUGGUCUCCCUUAUAAUUUUUUGCAAUUUUUCGGUUAAUUAUUUGAGUACAAAAUUGUGAAAUAGUGGUGGUAACUGGUAUCUCUUUUCCCUUGCAAAGGGUUAUGUGGCUGUGUUGCAUAAUGUUCAUAUAUUAAUUAUCUUCAA